AUGCCAGUCCCUUGGGAGGCCAUAAUCCCUUUCGGUCUUCUGACCGCUAUGUUUGGCGUUGCCGGAACACUCGUCAAUGUGUCCCAGCGAGCCCAAAAUCAAGGAAAGCCACCCCGCUACUCAAUUGAUAAUUGGGAUACCAUGAUGAUGAAGCGUGACAAGCAAAUGACAGGGCACGUUCGAGGGCAGUCGGCGAACCCUGUUGCUCCUCCAGAAUUCUCGAAGAAUAGUGUAUGGACAGCAGACCAGUUACUGUAA